CGUCACUUCCUUGUGAUACUGGGGGUUUUCAAAAUGGCGGAGGUGUUGUGAACUGACCUUUGGGGAUUUAAAAAGCGGAGAAAGCACUGUCCAAAACCGCGGAUGAGGUGGACAGAGACGGUACGAAGUCUCCACAGUACAGAAGAGGGGUGUCUAUGACAGCUGUCUGCCAUGCAUUGAAAGUGUUGCCGAUCGAGCCCGAGGUCGAGAGGGAAAGAUAGGUGCCGUGUUUGGUUCGUCCAUUGAAGAAAGUGGAAUUUUCCGUAUUUGCUGUGGUAUGUUUUGAUGAGGUGUUGCCAGUUGACGAUCGGCAAGGUCAGUCCUCCAAAAUAGAUCCAGAAUAGAACUCCGCACAUCAUCCAUCCGGAAUAGGUCGUUGUGUGACGAGUUUGCAUGACAAGGUUUUCCAGAGAGCGUCAUAUUUUUGGUUCUAGAUGUUGCUUUGACCGCUUUGAGUUGCUGAUUGUGCAGACAGGAUCCCCUUUGUGAGAGUGGGACAGUCUGGUGGUCUUUGUUUUUAGGGACGUUUUGGUUGUGUAUAAAAAAAAGGCUUCCCAUUCUCAACGAUUAUGUCUCAACCUGACCCUGUCGAUGCAAAAUGGAGCUGCGAUUACUGUACAUACGAAAACUGGCCAUCGGCGCAGAAGUGCACUAUGUGCCACGGGACGAAACCUCCGCAACUCAUCGCGGAGGCGGCGAAACGUGAAGUACGACAAGAACGAGAAGCUACACGGGAAAAGGAGAGGGACCUGGACAUAUACGCCGCAGCGAGCUCGCCUGCCAUGUUGAUCUGUCCCACGAGCAGUAUAGGCAGUACUACGACGGUGACGAAUCAAGAGGACAAGAACCUUUUAGACAAGAAAAGGACGUGCAAGGCAUGCACCUACCUCAACCAGCCUAAAGCAGUCAAGUGCACGGCAUGUCUGGCGCCACGCAAGAAGUUGGCCCUUCCACCAGUGACUCAGGGUUCCGAGCCCAACAACGACCUCUUAGCAGCAAAAGCGCAAUCUCGAACAAGUACUCCUCUUAUACCGGGGUCGCCAGAGGCUACCAAAGCAGCAAACAAUGACAAAAACAAAGCUGUAUAUAACUCAUCUAGGACAGUUGUGAAAUGGUCUUGUAGUGCCUGUACAUACGAGAACUGGCCCAAGUCUUCAAAAUGUGUGCUCUGUCACACUCCACGCCACAGAAGUCCGGAACAGAGUCCCGGGAACACGUCAAACAUACACGACCACGAUGCAAAUAACCGGCGGGGGUCAAAUUACCGCCGUCGCUCCCCACCGUCGUCCGCACGGUCACCCACAGAAGCAAACGUCGAAAUCGAGCUGGCAUCAGCGUCUGCGUCGGCCGGCAACAACCAGCAAGAGGAACGGCGCCUGCGCCUGAUACGGAACAGGAUGCGGCAGCAGGACUGGCUGUGGCUGAACGCGUGCGUCGGCGUGGUGGAAGGCGACCCGCAGCCCGUUCAGGUGUUUCUGUCGUCCGGUGGCGACCCUGCUCGCCAGCUGACGUACGACGAGUGCUUACUCCUGGAUCGUCCCAGCGCGUUCGACGUGGGAUACACUCUUGUCCAUCUUGCCAUCCGCUUUCAGAGAGAGGACCUACUGGCAGUGUUACUGACUUCCACGGAAGUUGCCUCACACGCGGUGAAGAGGGUUCCGUCCCACGUGAGCCCGGACUGUGCUGCGGACAUUCGGCGAGAAGUCACCGGCAGUCUGCGUCAGAGGAAAGGAGACUUCCCCUGCUACUUCUUGACUGAGAUGGUGACCUUUGCCCUACCGGCAGAAGUUGAAGACCUCCCCUCAGCUGUACAAAAGCAGUUAUAUGAAGAGAUCUUGGACCAAGAUGUUCAGAAAGAAUUGGAGCUGGAGUCGGUGAUCAACUGGAACUAUGAGAUCACGGACCGGCUGGGCAGUAAGCUGCACGCACUGUGGAACCGUACGGCGGGGGACUGUCUGCUGGACUCGGCCCUGCAGGCCACCUGGGGCGUGUUCGACAAGGACGCCACGCUGCGGAGAGCGCUGGCUGACAGCCUCAUGGAGUGCUCCACCAGCUUCUAUGCCCGUUGGAAGGAGUACGAGGCCUGGCAGGCCCAGCAGCUCCACUUCACACUGGACGAGUCCCAGUGGCAGCAGGACUGGGCACUGCUGCUCAGUCUGGCCUCUCAACCAGGUGCUGCUCUGGAACAGACCCACAUCUUUACCCUAGCACACAUCCUACGUCGACCCAUCAUUGUUUAUGGCGUCAAAUUUUUCAAGAGCUUCCGUGGUGAAACACUAGGCUAUGCAAGGUUCCAAGGUGUUUACUUGCCGUUACUAUGGGAACCCAGUUUCUGUUGGAAGAGCCCCAUCGCCCUGGGGUAUACCCGCGGCCACUUCUCGGCGCUGGUCCCGCUGGAGCCCGAGUCGGACGACGUGGGAGCGGGGGCGAACCUGGACACGGAGAACAGCGUGCAGGUGUGCUUCCUGCCCCUCAUGGACGCUGAGGGCAAGCUGCUGCCGGUUCACUUCCUCACAGCACAGGAGCUUGGUGCAGAGGAGAGACUGUUGAAGGAGUGGAUGGACUGCUGUGUGACAGACGGAGGCAUCCUGGUGGCUCAGCAGAAGAUCAACAAACGUCCUCCUCUCAUCAACCAGAUGAUGGACGAGUGGAUGGACAGGUACAGGAAGAUUGCUCAUCGACACCAGCAGCUAUCAGACAGUGAUGACGAUGACUAAAAGGCAUUUGACAAAGUGAUGCAAAAAGUUCUGACCACGCUCUCAAGAUCUCAUCGCGGCAUUUCUCCCCUAUACUCAUGUUUGUGUCCGUAUGGUAACAUUGCAGCAAAUGUUUCAUAAAAGUAGCUGGAAGAGCUGUAAAUGGACAAAGGAAAAGUGGUAGUGAAUAUGUAAGCUAUGAGAUGUGUACGAAAAAAGUCUAAAAACUAUCUAUACAGUUAUACAUGUAGAUUUGUAAAAA